AUGGCUGCCUUUGGCUGGUCUGCAGGAGAUCUUGCUGCUGCAAUUGGAGUGCUUUGGACAGUAUGUGAAUCACUAAGAAGUGCUGGUGGUGCCUCGGAAAGCUAUCAAAGUAGCCUUGAUUUUCUUCAGGGCUUGCAUGGUACAUUGAAACGCCUGCGUGAUUUCAAUGUCGUUACUCUUACUCCCGAUGAUCUCACGUUCAUCAAGUCUCAACUCAAUCUCGUCCAAAAGCCGGUCGACAAGUUCACACAGAAGAUAGUCUCACGAUAUGGAUCUGACCUUGGGAAACAACCAACUGGGGGAGCGGUUUGGAGAUUGAUCAUUGGGAGCGGAAAGAAGAUAGCAUGGGCGCUCCUCAAGGAGGCGGACAGGUUGAAGGACGAGAUUUCGUUACCUCUACUAUCAAUUCAGUUGUGUGAGCUACAUCAAAUUCGUUUAAUUGCUUGCGAACUCCGAGAUCAGCUACCCACUGAAAUCGCAAAUCUCAUCCAAUCAAACAUCAGCAACACUCUUCCCAACCUUCUCGAACAACAAAUCGGCCCCCUUCGAUCUUUUACUGCAGCACAAGGUAAAGUACAAGAUGAUCGCGACAUGGCAAUUAAUAUAAAGCUUGCGAAUAUCCCUCGUAAUCUGACGAGACUACAAAAGGAACUUGACGACAGAGUUCACAAAAUUGGCGAUGCGUUACAUCCCCUGGAAGAAGGACUCUGUGGUAUCUUAGAAUCAUCCAAAGUUACAAAAGAUUUCCUGGGCCAAAAAAUAGACCAAUUACCCACACGGAUCUUCAAAAUUAUCAAUGCGCUAACGCGCGCAAGGGAGGCACAGUAUUCUGCGACCUUGCAAUCUGUGCAAAGGGUAGAGAAGAGCUUACAAGAUAACACAUCCCAAAUCAAGGCUUUAAAGUCAUCUCUAAUUGGUCAUGCUUCAUCACCAAACGAGGCAAGGGAAGAGCGGAUGAUGGCAACACAAGGCUCCAAUCCACGACAGACUUUAUUAGAAGUUCAAAUGCAUUUUAAACAAGUUACCUUGUUAUUAGCACGACUUGUACGUGAGCUCUUGGAGCAGUUUUGGCCAUUUAUUGCACCCAUUCUUCUUCAUCUUCAAAUUCUGAAGGUCCACAUUAUCCAUGCCCCUAGCUUUCUCUUAAGUGAAAACAUAAUGUUUAUCGAUACAUUCAAUCGAUCAAGAAGUUUGCCGUAUGGUGUUUAUAGAAACUGGGAAACUUUCACUCGCUUCCUACAUAUAAAUUUCGAAGGGAUACCUGGCAGUCGCCAGAUUAUGGAGGACAACUUUUGGUUGACCGACCAUAAAGGAAGGACGAUUGAUCAAACUACUUGGGACAGCUUAGUCAAGCCCAAAGCCCAGAUAUCAAUGGCUGUGAUACUAGAUAGCAUGGCGAUUGGAGAUCAUUGUCCGAGGUGUAGCAAUGCAAUUCAAAUUCCAGGAAACACAGAAGAACUAUCUGUGAGAUGUGCAGGCCACGACUGUGGACUAGAGAUAAAUGUCGUCACAGCCCUUGAAACUAUGGAAACACAAACCAGCAAGAGAUUAGCACAACGUCCGAAGUAUCCAGUGUCAUAUGAGAUAAAGCGCUCUGUUACCUACUUUGAAAUCAAGAACGCAAGAGAUGAAGCCCGUGAGACCUAUAAGGAAUUAGACAUGGAUCCGGAAGAAACACUCAUCGAGGAGCCAAACAUCGACAAGCAUAAGAAUAUCCACGCCGAAUAUGCUCAUCUCGCGCUUGCGGAGCAGCGAAAAGCACCUGACAAAGUAGUAUGGGAUAUUAUAAAACAAGAAGAUAAUCGGAAAACGGAAGCUUUUGAGCUUCAAAAGUAUUUUCGCCGUGUACUUUUUGUUAGUCAGCCUAUUCCGAAAUGUCAGGUCUGUUCGUUCUCAAGAUUCACGUACUAUGAUGAUAUAAGUCGCCACAUGGUCAUCGAACACACACAUAUCUACGUUUGUAUAUUUCAUUUCGCAGGAUGUACUGCUAAAUUCGCAAAUAAAGUACAGUGGAAAUGCCACGUCGCAUGUAAGCAUUUGAACUGGCUUUGCGGAGAGAGCGCAUGUCUCAGCAAACAGGAUUCUCCAAUCAAUCAUUAUUGGAAACAAAACUACCGUAUAAUGAGAAAGUCUCAGAUGGAACCAUUCUAUCGAGCUCUACGUGAUAGAGCUAAAAAGGCAUUGGAGGUUUUGGGACGUCAUGAAAAGGUUCCGUUGGUGAAAUUGGGAUGUCCGAUGCAAGACUGUGAUUUCGAGUUCGAGGGAGAGAAUUGCUGGGAUGAGAGAAUGGAACAUAUUGCGAAGCAUGUCAAAGAUAAUGCUAUAUAUGUAGAAGAAUAUCCGUGCGGUGACUUGAAUGUUGUUCAUUCGGAUGAUCAGAUGUUUGUGGAAUGGGCCUUGAAUGAAAAUAUAUUGGGUCGAACGGCAAGAGGCAAAUUUUGGUUGCAGGAUACGGAUUGA